CAAAAUUGAUGUACACACUUUUCUCUUAUCCUCUAAUACUAGUAAUUUCAUUCUGCUUCUCACUCAAAAAAAUCAUAUUUCUUCUUACUCAAAAGUUCUGAGACUAUGACGAUAGUAACAACAUAUAACCACGAUGAAAACGAAGAAGACAGAUUGAGUGAUUUACCCGAUGGCGUUUUACUUCACGUAUUAUCGUUUUUGAACGCUAAAAAGGCCGUUCAAACUUGCAUACUGUCCAAAAGAUGGAACAAUCUCUGGAAGCAUGUUCCCACCCUUGAAAUAUAUUAUUCCCACUUUACAACUUUCAGAAGUUUCACCCAAUUUAUCUAUCAGAUUUUCUUUCUUCGUGAUCCCUCAAGCGCACUACACACUCUCAAUAUUAAACAUGUUGACUUCCAUCAUUUAUUGGACGCUAAACUACUCAAUACUGUUAUAAAUUAUGCAGUUUCAUACAACGUUGAGCGAUUACAAAUGCGUUUCAAAAGUGAUAUUAAAUAUUUUCCGCCUUGUUUAUUUUCAUCUCACACAUUAAAGUAUCUUGAACUUUAUGCUAGUCAUGACUCACUUACAAUAUUUCCUAAUUCUCUAAAUUUGCCAGAAUUAACCACUCUGUUUCUACGUCACUUUUAUUUUUGUGUUGGUGACGACAGUCGUGCUGAGCCCUUUUCAACAUUUAAUAAGUUGAAGAAUUUAAAGAUGUUUCAUUGUUCAGUUGUUGAUGAUGAAAACCUGUUCAUAUCAAGUGCCACGCUCGCCAACUUAAUACAAAUUGACUAUCCUUGUUAUUUUGGGAUCAAAUUCGAGUUAUACACUCCAAGUCUUUGUAACUUUGAGUUUGAGGGUACUCCUCUUCAGAAACUAUGUGGGAGCAACAACAAUCUCUCUUCUGUCAAACAUGCAAAUAUUAAUCUAAAAUCGCGUUUAAUUCAUGAGAAUACUCCUUUGGCUUUACUCAACUGGAUGAUUGAGCUUGCUAAUAUUGAAUCGUUGACAGUUUCUCGAGCUGCUCUUAAGGUACUUUAGGGAACUUUUUAUUUGAGAAAAUUGUAAGAGUUUCAUUUUCACUUUUCAUAACAACAACUUUUUUACCUUGGUUAUUUUUUUUUAGUUCUAGUUUUUGCCAAAAACAUGAGUUGUAUUAAAUUUAUCCUGAUUCACCAUCAUAUCUGAUGUUGAUUAGAUUCUCUCUUUAGUUCCUGAUUUAUUGAACGUCGAAUUUCAUUCCCUAUAUAAAUUGAAGUCACUAAAAGUUGAAGUAGACUUGUUACACCCAUCCAUACCUCAUGGAGUAAUUAAAUUUUUGAUUCAAAACUCACCAUCAGCAAAGGUUGAGUUCAUAUCAGACAUUGAUUAAGCUUUCACAGGAGCUUCAGAAUUAUGAAGUUGGCGAAGAAGAUGAAAAAGUGGACUACAAAGUUGAGAACAACGAGUGGAAGAAAAGAGCAGUAAUCUAUUCGUUAUUUCCUGUUUUUUCUUCAUAUUAGGAUUCUGAUUUGCUUCUCAAGUCCUAUAUUUUGAAUUGCAUGUUUGGAAUUUCAUGAACUUUUAUUUUGAAUUCUUUUGUUUUUGAGUGAUUUAUGUGGGAGAAGAGUUUUAGCUUAUUUGAUUAAUAAAAUUUAAACCUAAGGAUUAUUUUAUAUAUUCAUAGGGGAUGAAAGUACCUCUAUAAAAUUUACACA